UGGAGCUGGAGGUGGGCUAGGGCAGGAGCCAUGUAGGACAUUAAGCCUUGAACUCCUUGGUAGAGAGGACAUUGUCCCUUGUACCUGGUGUGGAUGCAGCCACGACCCCGCAGCCGGCCCCUGGAGCUCCUGGUGCCUGCCAGGGACCGUAAGUAGGAGUGCAGUGCCCACCUCAGAGGGGCAGUCUGCCCUGCAGAGGGAGGUGAGGCUCAUAUAGCUCAGAGGGAAGAGUCACUCAGCCAGAUGGUGCUGGAGCCAGGAUUCAUACUCAGGGUCCUGACCACUCUGCAGGCCCAACUCCCCUCUGCAGCUGGGGGGUUGAAUACGGCUACCGAAACCAGGAUUGGCUGUCACUCCCUCUGCUCACAGGGUCUGUAGGGAAGAGGUCCCUGGCUGAGGACAGCUUGCCAACUGCCCUGGGUCCUUGGUUGGCUGAGAGCUCUUUUGCCAGUGAGCCCAGUGCUCAGAGAGAAAGGCUAAAGUCCUCAGAAGGAUGUGGCUGCGGAACCUGCUUCUCCUGGGCACUGUGGUCUACAGCAUCUCCGCACCCACCAGGCCCUUUCAACACAUGGAUGCCAUCAGGGAGGCCCAGAUCCUUCUGAACGAGAGCAGCAAGACUGCUGCUGUGACGAAUGAAACAGUAGAAGUUGUGUCUGAAAUGUUUGACCCCCAGAAGCCGACAUGCCUGCAGCAGCACCUGGAGCUGUACACAAAGGGCCUGCGGGGCAACCUCACCAAGCUCAGCAGCACCUUGACCUUGAUAGCCAGUUACUACAAGCAGCACUUCUCCUUUGCCCCGGAAAUUUCCUGUGAAACCGAGAUUGUCACCUUGAAAGCUUUCAAAGAGAAGCUGUAUAAAUUUCUGGUUAUCAUCCCCCUUGUCUGGGAGCCAGCCCAGAAAUGAGGCGACCAGUCCAGGAGCCAGUCCUCGGAGCUUACCUCGCAGACUGCUGCCCUCUGACAGACAAAGAGCCAAAACUCAGGAUCUUCACCUUGGAGGGACUACAGGGUGGGCCAGGACCCUGGCGGCCAUGGACUUGCUCUGAGCCAUGCUGACUCUAAUAUCGGCGUGGUAGGGAGGGGUGAAUGUUUACACUGGCAGGGACCCAUAAUAUUUAUUUAUAUAUUUAUGUAUUUUAAUAUUUAUUUAUUUAUUUAAGCUUAUAUGUCAUAUUUA